AUGGCGAUGAAGAGCGAAUUAAUCGCUUUGAAGGACGAAGUUAGUAACUUCACUGUAGAAUACGAAGACAUUGAAAGAACUAUUGAAGCGAAUUCGUCACUCGAAGAACAAAUAUGUGAUAUCGCUGGUGAUAUUGUUUACUUCAACACAAGUUUUGGACUUGAAAUAGCUGUGCCCGAAUGGGAAGCUUUCACCACAGUUAUUUUUCUGUCAACAGUGAUUCUGUGUACCAUUUUCGGGAAUAUUCUCGUAAUCCUCGGAGUGUUCACAUACAAACCGUUAAGAAUAAUGCAAAACUUCUUCAUAGUGUCUUUGGCUGCGGCCGAUUUGGCGGUGGCUGUGCUGGUAAUGCCGCUUAAUGUUGCCUAUUCAACUUUAGGGCGGUGGCUUUGGGGAAAGCAUUUGUGCAAGAUGUGGCUAACUUGCGACAUUAUGUCUUGUACUUCCUCCAUACUGAACCUUUGUGCUAUAGCUCUAGAUAGAUAUUGGGCUAUCACAGACCCAAUUAACUACGCUAGCAAAAGAACAUUGGCUAGAGUGCUGUAUCAAAUUGCUGGAGUUUGGUUGCUAUCGUUGAUCAUAAGUUCUCCCCCACUUUUAGGAUGGAAUGAUUGGCCUGACGAAUUCACUUCUGAUACCCCAUGCCAGUUAACUUCCGAACAAGGUUACGUCGUGUAUUCAUCAUUGGGGUCGUUUUUCAUCCCUCUUAUUAUAAUGGCGAUAGUCUACAUAAAAAUAUACACUGCUGCCAAAGCACGGUUAAGAAAACGUAAUAAUUGGGCAGCUAGAAUUCAAAAACGGCCAGUGAUUGAUAACCAAGAUGAAAGCUUAGACAAUAAGGAAGAGUCUGAAAACGAUUCUGAUAGUGGGGAGAGUAUAAAGCGCCACAAGAAAGCGUUCUUGGAUAUGAAGAAAAACUUCUUUGUGCCUCUUUUGCUACUAAACGACCCUUUGUCCCGUCAAAGGAUUGAAAGUGAUAUGGCUCUACAACCCGGAGUUACGCCCAGUAAUUAUACCACAAAAGUCGUGGGGUCAAUUAAGAAGUUAAGUCAGAAACGGAAGAAGCAGGGUAAGGGUUUGUUAGCAAGUGUAAAUAACAGCGGUGAUGUAGUGCAUCAGUUCGUCGAGCAAAAACAAAAGAUUUCAUUGUCUAAAGAAAGGAGAGCAGCGCGAACGCUCGGGAUUAUUAUGGGCGUAUUUGUAGUUUGUUGGUUACCAUUUUUCUUAAUGUAUUUAAUGCUACCCUUUUGUCCGGUUUGUUGUCCUAGCAAUAGGCUAGUGAACUUUAUAACAUGGCUAGGUUAUUUAAAUUCUACAGUAAAUCCGUUGAUAUACACUAUUUUUAACAUUGAAUUUAGAAAAGCUUUUAAAAAAUUACUAUGUUUGAAUGUAUGA